AAGUAGGAGUGGUAGGAUAACUUCCGGUGCGGAACUGCGGCCUGGGAGGAGGAUUGCUCACCGGCGCGGGGUCUGAACCGGUAGAUCGGGAGGUGGUAGCGAGUGGGUGUCCGGACACGCGGCCGACGCCAUGCCGUUCCUGCACGGCUUCCGCAGGAUCAUCUUCGAGUACCAGCCCCUGGUGGACGCCAUCCUGGGCGCCCUGGGCAUCCAGGAUCUGGAGCGGCAGGAGCCCCUGGACGAUUACGCUGCCAGCGAGGAGAGCCGGAUCCAGGUCCUGACUGGGCUGCUGGAGCAGAAGGCUCACUCUCCGUUCUACCAGGAAGGCGUGAGCAGUGCGCUGCUGAAGAUGGCCGAGCUGGGCCUCACCCGGCCGGCCGCCGUCCUCCUGCAGAGUGGGGCCAACCUCAAUUUUGAAGACCCUGUUACCUACUACACAGCCCUGCACAUCGCUGUCCUGAGAAACCAGCCUGACGUGGUGGAGCUGCUGGUGCGCCAUGGGGCUGACAUCAACCGCAGGGACCGGGUCCACGAGAGCAGCCCCUUGGACCUGGCCAGCGAGGAGCCCGAGCGCCUGCCCUGCCUGCAGCGCCUCUUGGAUCUGGGUGCAGAUGUCAAUGCAGCUGACAAGAAUGGGAAGACAGCGCUACUGCACGCUCUGGCCAGCAGCGACGGAGUGCAAAUCCACAACACAGAAAACAUCCGGCUCCUCCUGGAGGGAGGGGCAGACGUCAAGGCCACCACGAAAGAUGGGGACACUGUAUUCACAUGCAUCAUCUUCCUGCUCGGUGAGACCGUCUGUGGGGACAAGGAGGAGGCCCCAAUGAUCAACCGAUUCUGCUUCCAAGUCACGCAGCUUUUGCUGGCCCACGGCGCCGACCCCAGUGAGUGCCCGGCCCACGAGUCCCUCACGCACAUCUGCCUCAAGAGCUUCAAGCUGCACUUCCCGCUCCUCUGCUUCCUGCUGGAGUCGGGGGCUGCCUACAACUGCUCCCUGCACGGUGCGUCCUGUUGGUCUGGCUUCAACCUCAUUUUCGAGAGGCUCUGCUCGCACCCGGGCUGUGCCGAGGAUGACAGCCACGUUGAGCUUCUGCAUAAGGCUGAGACCGUGCUGGACCUCAUGGUGACCAGCUCCCAGAGGCUGCAGCUACCCCGGAACCUCAGCAUCCACCCGGUGGGGAGCUUGGCAGGGAAGAUCCAGGCCCUUCAUGACUCCCUGAGGCAGCUUGAGAGCUACCCGCCACCUCUCAAACACCUGUGCCGGGUGUCCAUCCGGCUGUGCCUGCGACCCUGGCCCGUGGACACCAAGAUCAAAGCGCUGCCCUUGCCUGACAGGCUCAAGUGGUACCUGCUCAGUGCACACAGUGGUACAGGAGACACUUGCUAAUGGAGCCCAGGAUGGACAGGAUGGAAUGAUCUGAGGUACCUGAAGCCAGCCUGAGGGCAGACUUAGCACCUGCAGUGGCCUUCCAGGGCCCUUUUAUCUGGGCAAGUCUUGUCCUUAACUAUGAAACUAGGGUGGUGCCCUGGAGGCCAACAGCAUGGCUGCUUCCAGGGAGAUUCCCACCCCCUCCC